CUGCUCGCGCAGACGGAGUCGGACAUCUACUGGAAAGACUACUGACAGAAGUUCAAUAACAAAUCGAGCGUACCAGGAAACUGGCCUGUUCUUCCGUAUUAUUCUGCUGCUGUAUAAGACAAAUCAAACAAAUCAGCGGAUUCUUGCUUUAACCGUGUUUGGAUAACGUUUGGGGCCCACAGAGUCGCAGAAAUGAGUCAGUGGUUGGAGCUUCAACAGCUGGAUUCAACGUUUUUGGAACAGGUCGACCAGCUGUAUGAUGACAGCUUUCCAAUGGCCAUCCGGCAGUACCUCAGCAGCUGGAUAGAAAGCCACGACUGGGACCAUGUCGCUAAUGUGGAGAAUGAGUCUCUGGCCACCGUGAGGUUUCAUGAUCUUUUGACCCAGUUGGAUCACCAACACAGCCGCUUUGCGAUGGAGAAAGACUUCCUAAACCAGCACAACAUCCGCAAGAUCAAGAGGAACUUGCAGAGCCUCUUCCUAGACAAUCCUGUUUCCAUGGCGAUGAUCAUCAGUAGGAACCUUAGCGAGGAGAGGAAGAUUCUGGCCGCUGCCCAAGUGUCAGAGAGUCGAAGCAAAAACACCCAAAACGACAUGAUCGUGGAGAAACAUCGAGAAAUGGAUGGAAGGGUGAAAGAGAUAAAGACGAAAGUACAGGACACAGAGCAGAUUAUUAAAAAUCUAGAAGACCAGCAAGACGAAUACGACUUCAAGAGUAAAACUCAUCAAAGCAGAGAGGAGCUGAACGGGACCAUUUCAAGGGAAGACUUGAACCGGGAGAGACUGACUAUCCAUGCCAUGUUUAUGAAACUCAAUGAAACAAGAACGAAUGUGAUUAGUCAGAUGUCAGAGGUGUUGAACAUUAUGGAUCCAGUGAUCUUUGAGCUAAUCUCAACAGAACUGGCUGAAUGGAGACGUCGUCAACAGAUGGCUUGCAUCGGUGGAGUAACCAAUGUCUGCUUGGACCAGCUGCAGAACUGGUUUACUUCUCUGGGAGAAUCUCUGCUUCAGCUCAGGCAGCAGCUCAAGAAACUUCUGGAGCUGGAGCAGAAAUUCACAUACGACAAGGAUCCCAUCACCCUCAGCAAAAGCACUCUGGAGGACAGGAUCAUGUUAAACCUCAAAACUCUCAUCACAAACUCCUUGGUAGUCGAGCGACAGCCAUGCAUGCCGACCCAACCGCAAAGACCUCUGGUGCUCAAGACAGGCGUUCUGUUCACCCUCAAAUUACGGCUGCUCAUAAAACUUCAGGAAUUUAACCACACUGUUCGAGUGAAGGUGCAAUUAGACAAGGAUAUCGUUGAGAAACGGAAAGGGUUUCGCAUGUUCAACAUCCUGGUAACGGCCAUGAAGGUGAUGAACAUGGAGGAAUCCAAUGGGAUGGCAGCAGAAUUCCGUCAUCUGCAACUGAAAGAGAAGAAAGUUACUGGAAACAGAACAAGUGAGGGCCCUCUGAUCGUCACAGAGGAACUUCACUCCAUCACCUUUGAGGCUGAGCUCUGCUGGUCUGGAAUGGUCAUGAACUUUGAGACUACGUCUCUGCCCAUAGUUGUGAUCUCCAACGUCAGUCAGCUCCCCAGUGGAUGGGCCUCCAUCAUGUGGUACAACAUGCUGACUUCUGAGCCAAAGAACCUUUCUUUCUUCGUGAGUCCUCCUUCAGCCACGUGGGGGCAUCUAGCGGAGGUGCUGAGCUGGCAGUUCUCCUCCAUCACCAAAAGAGGGCUUAAUCAAGAACAGUUAACCAUGCUGGGUACUAAACUCCUGGGUCCUAAAGCAGCGAUGGAUCUUGAAGCUCAGAUUCCUUGGAACAGAUUCUGCAAGUCGGGCAGUGAGAAGAACUUCACCUUCUGGCUGUGGAUUGAAGGAAUUCUGGACCUUAUAAAGAGACACCUGCUGAGUCUGUGGGACGAUGGCUGUAUAAUGGGGUUCGUGACCAAGGACCAAACUAAAGCUUUCCUCUAUGACAAACUUCCCGGGACGUUUCUGUUGCGCUUCAGCGAGAGCAACCGCGAUGGAGCCAUUACGUUCAGCUGGGUUGAACACAAUGCAAACGAAGAGCCACAGAUUCGCUCCGUGGAGCCCUACACGAAGAAGGAACUCUCUGCCGUCUCACUUCCCGACAUCAUUCGAAACUACCGCGUGAUGGCCGCCGACAACGUCCCGGAAAACCCUCUGCGCUUCCUAUUUCCCAGUAUACCUAAAGAUGACGCCUUCAAAAAAUACUACUCCAAACCUGCUGAGAAGGAAGAACCAAUGGAUGUGGAUAAGAAGUUACAUGAGGGAUACAUCAGAACCACUCUCAUCUCCAUCUCUGAAAUGCAGCCGCAAGACUUUAACACCACACUCAUGCCAAUGUCACCUGAGGUUUAUGGCGAGCUGGAGCGCAUGAAUAGAUACGAUACCUUAAAUUUAGAGGCCUCAGACUUACAGUAAGUCUCCCUUAAGUGACCUGAAAGGACAGAUGAUGCAGAAAAAGUAGAAAUGUUUCCUUCGUUCUAUGGAUUUUUCUUGUAAUAAUGCAAAUGAAAGAGGAACAUCUAGUCGAGGUACUGCCACUGGUUUUUGUAGUCCUCUCUUUUUCAUUCUAACGUUAUUAGAAAGACACUGCAAUAGCAUAAUGAACCCCCUUAGUAACGCAUAACGCAAAAAAUUAAAACAAACAUGGUCCUUAAAUAGGCUUUCUUUUCUUUAAGCAAGUUUAAGAUCCUAAGUUUAAGUUUCCUUUGUUUGGUUUUGGGGUAAAACACCCCAAAUAUUCAUCCAGAAAGAACCACAAAAUACAGUAGUUCAGUUCUGAUUAAACCUUUUAAGCUGUUAGGUGUUUACUUUCCAAACACCGUUUCUAUAUAUGUGAAGAAGAAAAAAAUAUAUGUAUGACCUGUUUUCUUAAGAUUCUUCUAAACCUGCUGGUGCUCCAUUAGUAUUAUGUCCACUUUGUGUACUUUGUUUGUUUCUGUUUUUUCCACUGGAUUGUACUAUGUUUAUUUACAGAGCAAUAUUUGUUUAUGUCUUAUUUGUUUUGGACAUGAUAGAAAGUAAUUAAAGUGGGAAUCCACCUUGUUUGGAAUGCCUUAAAAAUUUACAUCUUAAAAACUUUCAGCACAGACCAGCAAUAUGAAAAGGCUGCAUACAUUGAUGAAAGAAAAAUAUUGUGUAUGAACAUGUGAAAGCUGUUGUUUAAAAAAACAAACAAACAGAUAAACAUUGCAAAAACAUUGCAAAAAUGUACAUAUUAAUGUCUGUCCGAUAAAUGUACAGUUCGCUACAAGAUAAGAAAAAUAUAUAUCAAAAGCUAUGCAUGUUCAAAGUCUUUAUUUGUGUGGAAUAUAUUGAUUAAUAGUGACAUUAAAUUCGAACAUCUACAGCAUGGCAUAGUUAAAUAAUAAAAGCAAAUGAAAGGAAAUUUCACAACAACAAUGCAAUACAUUCACAGCAGUAAUAAAAAAAUUCAAGGAAAAAAUCGUAACAGCUUUCUCCGCAAAAACAAGAAAUUAUACAAUGCAAAUAAAAUUGGCUAAGGUGCAAGACGAAUGAAAUUGGAUACAAUUUGUAACCUACUUUUGUUUGUGUUGCUUCACUUGUUUUCUAAUAAAUAACAAACUGUCCACAGUUAAGCAUGUACAUCCACACACACACACACACACUACAAAACACACAUUUACAAUACUUUAAGAACAGUGUCCCACUAGAAAAAAUACACAUAGUUGAGAUUGACUUAGCGCUGGAGGUUUUUCAAGUAUAUGCGCACCUCUUUCUUAUCCAUACUGUAUAUUAGAACAAUCAAUGUGCUUUUCCACAUACAACAUGUGCUUAUAGACAUGAAACCAACUGCUUCUGAAGGGACUUCACCAAGCUACACAACUGACGGGAUUUUUAGACUGCAUUUUGUCCAUAGCAAUCAAUGCCAAUUAAUGCCAGUGGAUUUUUGUUUAUUUCCAACUUCCAAUUUUAAUUGUCAUUUCACCAUGUACUGAGAAUAAAACAAAAUUUUACAUUUUUA